AUGGCUCCGACUGUGAUCCAUAUUCAAGGUCGCGCCACUAUUAGCACAACUGCACAACGAGCCGUGCUUGACGUCCACGCAUUUGACAACGGUCCAGACAAGAAUGCAGUCUCUAGCAACGUGGUCUCGACAGUAAAAAGCAUCCAGGCUGAUCUGGACCAACUCUGCCCACGACUUGAGAAUGGAGUUAUAUCGCCCUCAGCGCCAGUGAGCUUCUACUCAAUCGCAUCGCUUUGCAUCUCGGCGGCCGACGAAUACGACAACCGCGGCCAUCGCCUGGAGAAGAAACUCUACACUGCCGGCUCCAAAAUCGCCAUCCACUUCCGCGACUUUGCCUGCCUGGGAGAGAUGGUCGUCCGUCUGUCGCACAUGCCACAUGUCGAGCUGAGGGGCAUCAGCUGGCACCUCAUGGACGCACAGAAAGCGGAACGAGAUGAGCAAGCCCGGCUGCAGGCGCUGGAACACGCUAUGUCGCGGGCGCAGGCAUACGCACGGACCAUCGGUCGAGAGAAAGUCAGCUGUGUCAAGAUUGACGACAUCGAGGAAUCCUGGCCCACGAGCCGCGUUAGACAGACUGCGAGGAGGGCGACCAGCGCUUCGACGUUCGGGGUGGGUGUGGGUAUCGACUUUGAGCCGCAGCUUGUCGACGUUAGUGCCACGCUGUCUGUCGAGUUCCACGCCGAGUAG